AUGGAUGCUAAUGAUUCGAUAGCACUGGCGGCAUCAACUUCUAGUAAUGAAAUAGUUAUAUUCGGAGGAGAGAACGAUUUGAUAAUUUCAAACCGUAAUCAGAAAGAAGUCAUGGUAAAUCAGGUAUACAAUGAUAAGGAAACUUUGAAAGCUGUGAUGACGAAGUAUGCUAUUGACAAUAGAUUUCAAUUCCGAACAGAGAGGUCAAAUUUCGUAAGCUACACCCUUGCAUGUCUUUCUAGACAAUGUGAGUGGAAAUUGAAAGCUUCAAGUAUCAACAGAUCAGCUAUGUUCAAAAUCAGAGAGUUCGUGGAGAAACAUACAUGUCCAUUGAAGGAUAAGGUGUAUACACAACAUCAAGCAAGUAGUGGUUUUAUAGCAUGCAUUAUUAAGCCAAAAUUUAGAAAUUAUAAGAGGAAGUAUGUGCCUAGUGAUAUAGUAGAUGAUGUUAAAAAUGAUUUUGGAGUGGAUGUGCCAUACAUGAAAGCAUGGCGUGCUAAAGAAAAGGCUAUGACGGAGUUAAGGGCGAGCACCGAGUCAUACAAGAAAUUGCCGGGAUACGUAUACAUUUUGGAUAAAACAUACCCAGGUUCUCACAUAAGAAUGAAGAAAACAUCUGAAAAUGAGUUCUUGUAUAUUUUUGUAGCAUUGUAUGCCUUUAUAAAGGGGUUUGAAUGUUGUCGACCCAUCGUGGUUGUAGAUGGCAGCCACAUCAAAACAAAGAUACAAUGGGACAUUUGUUUCGGGCCGAGCACGAUGGAUGGUGCAGGAAAUAUACUACCUUUGGCGUAUGGCGUGAUUGAUUCAGAAAAUGAUAAGUCUUGGACAUGGUUCUUCGAACAGUUCAAGGAAGCUUAUGGGCUACGGGAGAGCAUGUGUGUUGUAUCUCGAUAG